AAUCGCUCGCGCCUUCACGUGACUCGCCGCCACUGAAAAGAGCCGUGCGGGAGCGAGAGGGCUUGUCCGCCGGCUGCCCCCCAAAGUCAUGCCCGCUUAGAAACCCGCCGAAAUCGGGGAGAGGGCAGAGCGAGGGGGCUUGGCGCGGCCGGAGUACAGUUAGGCAGCCGCCCAGAUCCACCUGCCGGCGCGAUGAGCCAGAGGAGGGGCGACCAGCAUCUAUGUAUUCAGACAUGCAAUCAGAGCGGCCUGACAUUGGGAGUAUCAUGACUCAUCCUGAUUAUCUUGAUGGAAAUCCUGAUCUUAUCAAACCUAAAAAACUGCUCAAUCCUGUAAGAGCCUCGAAAAGCCACCAAGAACUUCACCGGGAACUACUUAUGAAUCACAGAAGAGGAUUGGGAGUUGAGAGUAAACCAGAACUGCAAAGAGUCCUGGAACAUCGUCGACGAAACCAGCUGUUGAGACAGAGGAAAGAAGAAGAAGAGGCAAAGAAAUUAAAAACUCCAUUUGAACAGGAGCUGUUGAAAAGGCAACAGAAGCUUGAUCAGUUGGAAAGGGAAGAUGAGAAGCAAGAAGAGAACGCACCAGAAUUUAUUAAAGUCAAAGAAAAUCUGAGGAGAACAUCUACUACGCUAACAGGGGCAGAGUAAAGCAUCAGCUAAGACCAAAAGAUUGUUUGCUUUGAAUACCUAUAUGCUGACAUUUUGGUAAACGGUGGAUAUUCAAAGUUUUGUCUUGGGGGCUACUCACUGUACAUUAAUGCUUGCUCCAGUUUAAAAAAAAUGAUUGGGGCAUUUUCACAUCUGGGAAAAGAAGAACAUCCAAACAAUGUGGCUUUUUGUUCACAGAGGUUCUCAGAUGAGAAAAAGGAUAAGGAAGGUAACAGAGACCUCGUCUUCCUUUCAAGUAUUGAGAUAAUGCGGUGCCCUUUCCCAUCACUAACCUUAGCUAAUCCUUUGAGAUUCAGCAGGACAGGCGCACGUGUGGAGUGGGAGAUGUUGUCUGAAGACAGAUGGCUAAACCUUUGGGAUUCAGAUGUUCAUAUAGCAGAGCAGUUCCAUUGCUGGUAUUGAAAUCUUCAGUUUAGCUAAAUUACUGCUUGAGGGAGCAAGUUGGGAAACUAAAAAAGAUGGUAAAAAAAGAGAAGUCACGAUCAAUAAGGAAAAUACUAGCUAAGAUUUAGAGCACAUCGACCAAUGCUGGCUGGCAUCUUAGAUGCUGUAUGUAUCCAAUCAAACAAUAUUCAGUAAAUAUGUGUGUGAUUCUUCGUUAUUGGGAUUUAGCAGACAUGAAAUGAUAUUUUAAGAUUCUUGUCACAAAUCUACAUCCACAAUAGUUACAUAGUCAAGUUUACUAUGACAAAUAGACACUGAGUUAUUUCCAAAGAGUGGGAUUGUCCACCAGUGUUUCAGCAUAUAAUUCUGGUGUCCAGAAUGAGAAACAGAAAUAAGAUAAGAUACUUUAUGGAAAGGAUCCUUAAGAGCUGCAGAAAAAGUAGGAGAAGGUGCAGUCCUCUGAAUGUGUAUUAAAAAAAAAGUAUGAGAGCAACACAGAAAGCAUACAAUCUCUGUGUAUGUCUCAAAAAGCAAAUGACAAAUCCACAAAAAAGGAUUUGCGAGAGAAACAGCAAAGAAUUUUAGGGAGAAAGUCAAAGAACGAUACCAGAUGUAGGGUCUUCUAAAUUUUGCACAAAUAUAACACAUUAAACUAAGAUUCUUUUAAAUAUAUAUAUAUAAUAAAAUUGAAUAUUAUUUAUAGAUUAUAGCUACAUGAAGUCUACUCCUCCCAGGUGCUCUUUCCUGAUUCUAAAAUUCUGAUUAUGCUUACUAUACAGAUAUUUACUAUAAUACAGACUGUUUUAGAUGGCUUUUAAAAUAUAUGACAACAGCAAGGCAAAAAGGUGAAUUGCCAACCCCUCCUCAGCUCUGUUUUCUGGAGGUGGAGCCAGGAGUAGCCGACAUGUCUAUCCAAGGGAGGACCAUUCAUUUUUGGGUUUUCAGAAGGAUAGCUGUGUUUUUUACACCAAAAACUAAAGACUUCUUAAAAUUAUUUGUUAUUCAUUUAUUAUUCAUUUAGUCUUGGACUGAAGAUAAGCAUAACCAAAAGCCACAAUAGUUUUUUUUUUCUUAGUUUCACAAUUUAUAUUACAGAUUAUGGUCAGCUUUUCUGGUAGGGUGGACCCUCUGAGAUGCAGAUGACCACCAGGAAAGGACCAGCCAAAAUAAUACAUAACAUGUAUUAUCUAUAUGUAUCAUCUAGAACUCAUAUAUGACUUGAUUGUAACCACAGAUUUGGGGGUGGGGGAAGCUUAUUAAUAAAGAGCAGUUGUAUAUU